AUUAGAGAGGCCAUUAGAGGGGAACCACAGGCAGACAGGGUGACAGGAGGGACUACUGACACAAGGUGAAGAGAUGGCCCAGCCGGACAGGGUGGCUCACAUCUGUAAUCCCAGCGUUUUGGGAGCCCGAGCAUGCCAGCCAGAGGCCCAGGAAGGAACCCCGAGCACCCCGCCAAAGCUAAAGAUGAGUCGCUGGAGCCUGGUGAGGGGCAGGAUGAAGGAGCUGCUGGAGCCAGUGGUGAACAGGACCAGAGACGGGUGGCAAUGGUUCUGGAGCCCGAGCACCUUCUGGGGCUUCAUGCAGACCUACUAUGACGACCACCUGAGGGACCUGGGUCCGCGCACCAAGGCCUGGCUCCUCGAAUCCAAAGACAGCCUCUUGAAGAAGACCCACAGCCUGUGCCCCAGGCUUGUCUGUGGGGACAAGGACCAGGGUUAAAAUGUUCAUAAAAGCCAGGUGUGGUUGUGGCAGGUGCCUGUAGUCCCAGCUACUCAGGAGGCUGAGGUAGGAGGAUGGCUUGAGCCCAGGAGUUCGAGACCAGCCUGGGCAACACAGCGAGAUCUCUUGGGGGGUAAAACAAAAAGAAAAAAAAAAAGUUCAUACUUCUCCAAUAAAUAAAGUCUCACCUGUG